AUGUCUCUUCUCACGUCCAAACAACGUGGAGAGCUUCACAAGGCCAUCUACCAAUACAUUCACUCGAAAUCAGCUUCUGCAGAGCUCGGCAACGAGCUUCUACCGAACCUAGCGCAGCUUCUCGAGAUCAAUCCACACGACGAGGAAAUCGUGCCUAACUACUUGGAAAAAAAAUGGACGACGGUGGUUCGUCUCCAGAAGAAGAUCUUGGAUUUGGAAAAUGAGGUUUCUUCGUACAAGCUGCUUCUUGACUCGGUUUCUCACAAUGAACUGAAUGGUUCUGCCUUGGUGCUUCCUAGAGAUAAACUUGGUUGGCUUCCCAACAUCAACUCAAAAACAUACAAGACUCUGUCUACGCAGUUGAUUAAUGCUGUUGCUGUUCACCCUCUGCUUCCUUUGGUGACUGCUGGUGGUUCUGAUGGAAGCAUCAUUGCAUGGAACUUGGUCCAUGAUUCACUGGCCAUUCCUGAAAAAAUGAUUUCAGCACAUACUAGAAGCGUCACAGCGCUACGGUGGCUGCCAAUUCCAGUUGCUUUGAUGGACAAUGGACCUAAAAAUUGGCUAUUGGCUUCCUCGUCUCUGGACUUGUCUGUGAAGAUAUGGGAAGGAGAUUCAUUGAAGCAUGUGAGGACGCUCACGGGCCAUGAACAUACAGUGUCGUCAGUUGCAUUUUCGCCUUCUAAUCCGGGCAUUCUAUAUUCGGUGUCUCGAGACUUGUCUGUUCGUGUGUGGGAUCUUACCAAUGGCACUUGCAUUCGGAAGUUUGUUGGUCAUAGUGAAUGGGCUAGGGACGUGGACGCAGCUUCUGUGGAUAAUCUUCUUGCAUUUGGAGAAAUAAAGCCAUCUAUGGGCGACUUCCUUUUGACUUGCUCUAAUGAUCAGUCUAUCAGACUUUCCCACGCCAGCUCUGGUAUCGGCCUUGCUCUUCUUCUAGGACACACACAUGUUAUUGAAACUGUUAAAUUCUUGCCAAUGCUUUCAAACAAAUACAUUGAUGGGUACGUGCUGCUGAUUUUGGACAAGAUGCCCUCUUUGUCUCAGGAGAUUCUUGAUAAUCCAGCCUACCAUCAGAAUUUAGGGUACAAGUACUGUAUUUCCGCUGGAAGAGACAACCUAAUCAAGCUUUGGCUUCUACCGCCACCUAUCAUGCGUCCUAAUCGUCCUCCAGCACCAUCAGAGCUUAAUAAUUCACAAGGCUGGCAUUUGGCUGAUCUUAUAGGGCACCACUCAUGGGUCAAGAGUUUGAGUAUACAUCCACUGGGCCGUUUUGUCUUCAGUGGUAGCGACGAUAAAACUAUACGAGUUUGGGAUCUCUCUACACUAAUAGAAAAGGGUCUGGUUCAUUGUGUCAAGACUUUGCAAGCGCAUGAAGGCUUUGUUAAUACGGUGCACAUGGCGCCUUUUGAGGUUUAUAUCCCCAAAGACGCCGAGAAGACCGAAGAGGCUAUUCUUAAGAAGAUUGAGCAAAACAUGAGAUGUAUUUUCGUUACUGGAGGUGUCGACAAGACUGUCAGGAUUUGGAGCUAG